CCCGCUUGCGCCCAGACCCCAUCGGCUGGGCCUUCUGGGUCGGCGGUGCGGGUGUAUCGGGCUCAUUGCGUGGAACGAAGGCUGCUGAAGGCCCCGUGGCGGCCUCCAUGCCCAAGACCUCCAGGCGUAGAGAGGAACAAAACAGCUACCUGAGCAUGAAGGCCGCAGGAGGCCCCCCACAUGCAGGAGUUCCGUCUUUCGUGGAGACAACACCUCCUGAAACUCCCUCUGGAUGUUCCAGGUGGAGCUUGGAGAGGCUGAAGAGAGAUUCCCCCAGCAGAGCCACUGGGCUGCGGGGAUUCCCUUCCUAACAGGGCGGGCAGGAUGUGGGACCACGUUGAAGCUGGAGUGACCUCAGAGGCUAAGGAGAAAGCACUGCCUUCUGAAGACUCUGUCCUUCUUCAGGAAGAGGAGGAAAUGCCCAGAUUACAGGAGCUAGUGACAUUCAAGGAUGUGGCUGUCGACUUUACCGAGGAGGAGUGGGAGCAUCUGGACCCUUCUCAGAGGCACCUGUACCGAGAAGUGAUGUUGGAGAACUUUGGGAAUCUCAUCUCCUUGGCAGGGCAUCUGCUGUCUGAACCAGAAAUGAUUUUCCAUUUUGAACAAGAAGAUGAUGUGUGGAUGGAAGAAACAAUAUCAAGAAGUUCCUAUUCAGGAGUCAGGGAUGAGAAUGAUGGGAUCCUGUCUUGGCCAGUAUCUCCAGGAGAAAAACUCUAUAACUGUCCCCAGCAUGGCCAAGACUUCAGCCAGCUCAGAAACCUAAUUCACCAGCAAACCCAUAUUGGAGAGAAGCCUCCAUAUGCUGGGUGUGGAAAAGCCUUCAGUGAAAGGACAGUGCAACUUAACCUUCCUGUGCUGCUCCCAGAAGACGAGCCAUACGGAUGCAUGGAGUAUUCCGGAGUUUUCCACUCAGGAUCUGCUCUGAGAAGGCACAAGAAGGAGCACAUGGGAAAGAAACCUCACACGUGUGAGGAAUGUGGGAAGGACUUCAGCCGGAGCUCCAACUUGUCCAUCCAUCGGCGAGUGCACACAGGUGAGAAGCCCUAUAGAUGCAGUGUGUGCGGGAAGGACUUCAGCCGCAGCUCCAACCUCUCCAUCCACCAGCGUAUCCACACAGGUGAGAAACCCUUCAGCUGCCAUGUGUGUGGCAAGGACUUCAGCCGCAGGGCAGCCCUGCAGAUCCACCAGAGUGUCCACACGGGAAGGAAGCCCCAUGCCUGUGACGUAUGCGACAGGCGCUUCACCUCGCGCUCUGCGCUGGCUCGACACCAGCAGGGCCAUGCAGGAGACAAGGCCUAUCUGUGCGACACAUGCGGCCGGGGCUUCAGCCAGAGAGCCAACCUCUACCUGCACCAGCGUGUUCACACGGGAGAGAGGCCGUUCCGGUGCGAGGCCUGUGGGAAGUGCUUCAGCUGGAGCAAGGACCUGGGUAUCCACCGGAGGGUCCACACGGGUGAGCGGCCCUACAGAUGUGCGGCUUGUGGCAGGGACUUCAGGCAUCACUCAGCCCUCAAGAGGCACCAGAGGGUGCACACAGGGGAGAAGCCCUACCCCUGUGCCAUAUGUGGGAAGGGCUUUAGUCAGAGAGUCCACCUGCAGAUGCACCAGAAGGUGCACUGACGGCAGAGGCUUCCAGGAUUGGGCUCUGCACAUGCAGGUGUCUUCCAUGGACAGGGCCAGUGCCAGGGCAUAGGUGCCAAGGUGCACAACAUGGAUCAGGCUUAAUGAUGGCAUUUGUUAGUAUUUAUACUGAAAAGAAGGGGCUUCCCAGGUGGCUCAGUGGUAACAAAUCUGCCUGCCAGUGCAGGAGAUACUGAAAGACUCAGGUUCGUUCCCUGGGUUGGGAAGAUCCCCUGGAGUAGGCAAUGGCAACCCACUCCAGUAUUCUUGCCUGGACAAUCCCAUGGACAGAGGAGCCUGGCAGGCUACGACUCGUUAGAGUCGGACACGACUGAGUGACUGAGCAUGCUCGCAUAUAUAAAAGAGGACACAUCAGCAGCACUUAGAUAGACGGAGAAAUAUUGAAAGAACACUUCCAGUCCUCCCAGAAGAUCUCUGUGCUCCUUUCCACUCACUGGCCCACAAAGGGAAUCACUAUCCUGACUUCUAAAACUAUAGAUUGAUUUUGCAAGUUCUAGAAUGUCAUAUAAUUGAAAGUGCACAAUAUGUAAUCUUUCAUAUAGGACUUGAUUCACUCAGUGUUUGCAUCCAUGUUGUUGCAUGUAUUUAGAAGUUCAUUUAUAUUAUUACCAAGUAGUAUUCCAUUAUAUGAAUGAACCAGAGUUUGUCUAUUCACCUGUUGAUGGACAUUUACAUUUGAACUAUUUCUAGGUUUUCCAGGUUUUGAUUGUUAUGAAUAAAGCUGCUGUGAGCAUUUGGGUACAUA